CAUGGCGUUGCAAAAUGGUUGCGUUUGUUGUGGUUUCAACGUGGUGAAGCGUCCCAUUUCACGUUUCAUCGCUUGUACUAACCGCAGCUUCACUGUGCAUAUCCUUUUUUCUUUCGUACCGCGAGUGACCGUCUGCGCGAUUCAGCAGGUGCAGUGUUGAACGUGGUACGACCUUGCGACGCGCACCUCAGAACAGCCGCGGAAUGGCGGUUAGCCGGCCACCUUAUGAUUGCGACCGUGAUUGUCCACCCGAUUUGCUUCUCCUGGUUGCGCACUACGAGGCCUUGUCGUCUGCAAAAAGGGCUGAGCUGCAAGCUGUGCGCAUUCAGAAAGCGUCAAUCAAGAAGAAGCGGAAGGCGGCCGAGAGGCGAUGUCGCAGCCUCGCUGCACUCGCUGUGGUGAUGUCUGCUAGGCAAAGGAGUGUGUGGACGCUUUCCAGACCACCGUCUUGGUACGACACCACCGUGCCGACGUUGUCGGAUCAAGAUUUCAAGGCCAGCUUUCGCGUGAGCCGUUCCACAUUUGCCUACAUCGUGAGCUCGUGUCCUUCACUAACACGGGAGGAUACAAACAUGCGAGCUUGCAUACCCCUACACCAGCGCGUCGCCCUCUCGCUGUACAGACUCGCCACAUCGGCAGAGGAAAGGACUGUGGCUCAUCUCUUCGGUGUGAGUCGGCCAUCCGUGAACCUGAUCUUCCGACAGUUUUGUGACGUUGUCGUAGAUGUUCUCGAGCCCCAAGUUGUGCGGUUUCCGUCACUGAACAAUGUUAGAGACCACGUGCGACAGUUCGAAGCCUGCAUAGGCUUUCCGCAGGGCUUUGGCGUGCUGGACGAUUGCCAUAUAAAAGUCUCGCCACCCAAAGAAAAUGCGCAGGACUAUUACAACUAUAAGGGCUGGUAUAGCAUAAUUUUGCUUGCUGUUGUAGACCACAACUACAAGUUCAUGUUUAUUAAUGUUGGGUCUCCAGGGCGCAAUCAUGAUGCAGCAGUGUACAGAGGCUCGAUAUUACCGGACGUAGUAGGAACUGAUCUGUUCACUUUACCAGGCCAGAUUAUUGACGGGAUACCAAUAGGAGCGGUCCUCCUCUGUGACCAGGCCUUUUCAUUGCAGCGUCACUUGAUGAAGCCUUUCCCUCACAUGAGUGCGAGCAACCCAACAGUGCAAACGUUCAAUUACACACUCUCAAAAGCGAGGCGUGUCGUUGAGAAUGCCUUUGGGAGAUUGAAGGCUAGGUUCAGGAUCUUGAAGGCAAUUGAGUGCCAAAUCGAAAAUGUCAACAGCAUUGUGCGAGCUUGUUGCAUCCUUCACAAUGUAUGCGAGCACAUGCGUGAUCAGUGCGACACACAGUGGAGUGCUGAAGCAGCAGCUGGGGAGCUUCCGCAUCCUGUUUGUGUGAGCAACGCAGUGAGCUCGUCAGGUGAAAGUGUCCGACGUGCUUUGGCCAAGCACAUCUUUUCAUUGAAGCCAUGA